UAACAACAUGUCUACUCAUGUCAAUCAAGCAUAACAGAAUUUAACCAGUUCACAAUAGGAAACCAAGUAAUUCCCUUAUUAUAAAUAGUCUCAGAAAUCGCAUCAGAUCGAGAAAAUUGUUCAUGUCAACAAUUAUUAAAUUCUUCUUUGCCAUAAUGCUAUUUUUACUGCUCAGUCUCCAGAUCUAAUAUCACCUGGAUGUUAUUUCCAUUUUUGUACUUUUGCUAAUAUACUAUCUCAUUGACUUUUUGAAUGCCCUACACUAUCAUUUUAAGAUGAAAAAAUUGUAAAUACGAUUGUAAACAUUCUUAUUUUAUACAGCAAGAAGAAAAAGUUAUUGGGCUAUCUUGGAGUCAUAAUAUUUGAUUUUUUUUAUCUAACAUGCUUAUUGUUGCUCAAAAAAGUGGGAUACCAAUAUUUUGUUUACAGUAAUGUUUUUUUAGUUAUUGCGAUUUUAAUGGACUUCUACUCCCUCUAUCAAGAUAGAGCUCUAUUAGAAUCAUUAAAAAUUUUGAAUCAAAUAUCUUUAUUGACAAGAAUUUAUGUAGCGAUAUGUUCGCUAUUUAUAACUUUGAAAAUUGAUAAUAUCAUAGUUUGGAAUUGGACUCCAACAUUAUGGGCUGUUUGGGUCGGUUUGAUUUGUUUUAUUGGUAUUAGUGCAGGCUCUCUAAUAGUAACAUUUAGCAAGAUAAUAUAAUAUCUGUUUGACAGAUAGAAUCUAUAGAGAUCAGAAUGUAUUUGUUCCUAUAACAAUUUUUAGUAAUUUCAUACAUCUGGCUAACUCAACUGCUCAUAUUUGGAAGUGUUUCCAUAUCGUUAAGUUCUUUGGGAUAUUUAGAGUAUUUAGAAAAUCAACCAAAUUAUUCUCACAAUUUCGUUGUGCAACAAUAUUUCGUAAUUGCUGAAUUCUUCGUCAUUUUCAUUUAUUCCAUUUAUUUUCGUAUAGAUAUAUGCGAAUAAAUAUACAUAACACUCUAAGAUGAUGAACCAGCCAACUAAUAAUAAUUUUCUGUUAACAUAUAAGGAAACAACUAAACUUAGUAAUAAAUCAAUCCGACUUCCUCAAGAACUUAGAUUCCUUAGGUUGUGUAAAAAAUAUCAAAAGCGUAUUUUGGAAUACCCUCCUUGAUCAAGAAGGAAGGUGGUGAUCAAGAUUCAAUUAGUGGAUCACCAGUUCUUAAGAAAUCAUCGAAAGGGCAUAAAAGAGCAUUUUCCAGCUAAGGAGUGGCUUCAUAGAUGUUUUAAGAAUUGGAUCAAAUAGUUAUUGAUAAGUAACCUCCUAAUGCUUUAAAUAAGACUACUUCUAAUGAAUUAAGAUUUUAAAUUGAUAAAAAGAGAUGUAAUUCUCAUUUAGUAACAGUAAAUUAUCAUUUUUAAUAUUAGAUUGCUCAUGAUGAAAGCAUUUAAAAUAGACAACACGAAAUGAGUAUAAGUUAGACCAGUAACAUUUGUAUAGUGUGUUAUGAAAGAGGACCGAAUGCAGUUUUUAUGAAUUGUGGUCAUGGAGGAACAUGUUAUCAAUGUGCUAUUGACAUUUGGAAAUAAAAAACGGUUUGUUACUUAUGUAGGAAUGUAAUAUUUAGUAUUAAUCAAAUUAGAAAAUUGAAUACAUUUUGAAGGUUGAUUUGGAGGACAGAUAUGGAGAUUUAUUUAAAGUUGUUUCUACUGCCUAAAUGCUAGAUUAAUUUAACAAAUGA